AUGGGAUGUGGCAGCUCCACAGACACCGUGGUCCAACCUCUGAGAGCCGACGAGGAUGAGACCGGGAGUAAACACGGCGGCCGUGGAGACUCGGCCGUGUCAAAGGGCACUGCAGACAGCGGGGUGGUGAUGGAGAACAGAGAGAUACUCGAGUUACCUGGAGCUGUGCCCAGAAAAGCCCUUUUACCGACAUUCGCCAGAGAAAAUGAGGCGGACGCCGACCCGAGCUCGCUGCAGCAGGAGCGUCAAAAGUCCAGUGAGAUCCUGAAGGAGCUGCUGAACCAGGGCAUCAUUCCAGAGUGCCAGACCAGUGAGAGAAGCAGCGGGACUGGAGAGGCCUACAACAUCAUGCUGGAUAACAGGGAAGGGACCAGGCGAAGGCCUCCUGCCAGACUGGAGUCUCUAAAAGCCAAGAAAGAACAACGUCUCCCCAGCAGAGAAGAGAUUGAGGAGAAGAUAAAGCUCGCUGAAGAGAGACGCAAGUUAAGGGAAGAUGAGCUCAAGGCACGUUUGAGGACCAAGUCGGCCCGUGUUCGUGGAGCUAUCCCCACCUCCAAGACUGAGGAGGAUGAGGACACAACCGUCACUCCCGUGGAGCCUCUACAGUCACCUCUUACACCUGACCUGAGUCCAGUUCCUCUGCUCUACAGCCAGAUCAUACGUGAGGCGGCCGAGGGAGGAGAUUGUGUGAGAGAAUCAGGAGGUGACGGCAGGGAAAACAGAGAAGGAGUGACCGCAGCAGACGAGAGAGGAGGGAUGGAUGGAGGAGGAGAGAGCGGAGAUAACAACGGGGGAUGGAGGGAAAGUGCAGAGAGGAUAGGUGAGGAUAGUGAUGGGGCAAAGAAGGAGGAGGUGGAGGAGGAGGAGGAGGAGGAGGAGUUGACCCAGGUGGAGGAGUUCACGGCGGGUCAGCUCCUCUCAGUCUCAGGGGAGCUGGAGAACGACGACAGUUUUCUACGUGCAGAAGACAAAGAAGAGGUAUUUUAA